AUGGGGGCUGGCGGUGGCGGCGGCCGCUGCGGAGAGAGGGCGCGGAGGAGCCGCCGCCCCGGGCCGGGCCCUGCGGCAGCGCCGCGCAGCGCUGCUGCCCUGACGGCAGGUCAAUUCUAUUGGUGGAUAGAGAAGGAUGAUGGCAGGCAAUAACCACCUUUGCAUUCGACGUUGGACUACCAAGAAUGUGGCCAGGUGGCUGAAGGAAGAAGGCUUCUGUGAAUAUGUGGAUGUUUUGUGCAAUAGACACAGGCUAGAUGGAAUUACACUGCUGACACUCACUGAAUAUGAUUUACGAUCCCCUCCUUUGGAAAUCAGAGUCCUGGGGGAUAUCAAAAGGCUCAUGUUGUCCAUACGCAAACUACAGAAGCAGCAUAUUGAUGUUCUAGAAGAGCUGGGUUACAACAGUGAUAGUCACAUUGGCACAGUGUGCCCAAGUAUGGGUUCUUUACAGGGUGUCGAUUGGUUUUGUAAUGGUGAAGUACCUCGAGACUAUGAUGGAGCAAUUACUGACUUGAAUGGUGAUCAGUAUCAAUAUGCAAAUGGAAAAAACAAACACUCUACAAGAAGACUGGACCCAGAGUAUUGGAAGACAAUUUUAAGUUGUGUGUAUGUCUUCAUAGUGUUUGGCUUUACAUCAUUCGUUAUGGUUAUAGUACAUGAGCGAGUACCUGACAUGCAGACUUACCCACCUCUACCAGACAUAUUUCUCGAUAGUGUCCCUAGGAUACCAUGGGCUUUUGCUAUGACUGAAGUAUGUGGUGUAAUUCUUUGCUACAUUUGGCUGUUGGUUCUUCUCCUUCACAAACACAGAUCCAUACUUCUGCGAAGGCUGUGCAGCCUCAUGGGGACAGUAUUCUUACUACGUUGUGUUACAAUGUUUGUUACCUCACUUUCUGUGCCAGGACAGCAUUUGCAGUGUACUGGAAAGUUGUAUGGCAACAUUUGGGCAAAACUUCAGCGUGCAUUUGCAAUAUGGAGUGGCUUUGGAAUGACUCUGACUGGAGUACAUACAUGUGGAGAUUACAUGUUCAGUGGCCACACUGUUGUCCUGACCAUGCUCAACUUCUUUGUCACAGAAUAUACGCCAAGGAGCUGGAACUUCUUGCACACCUUGUCCUGGGUCCUGAAUCUCUUUGGAAUCUUCUUCAUUUUGGCUGCACAUGAACAUUAUUCUAUAGAUGUCUUCAUUGCCUUUUACAUCACUACAAGACUGUUUUUGUAUUACCAUACAUUGGCUAAUACUAGAGCAUAUCAACAGAGUAGGAGAGCAAGGAUCUGGUUUCCAAUGUUUUCUUUUUUUGAAUGCAAUGUUAAUGGUACUGUUCCCAAUGAGUAUUGCUGGCCCUUUUCAAAACCUCUGAUACUGAAAAGAUUGAUUGGCUGAAGAGCGUGUGGGUCAAUUCAUAUUUUUAUGGAGUGUGAUGACUAAGAUCCUACAAGACUAGCUGAGGGGAGGGGGGAGUGGUGUAAAAUAGCUUUUUUCCCUCCAUGAUCUCUUUCUCCUUGUCUUGGUUCUUAGAUUCUUAGCCAUAAAAUGGGGUUCCAGUACUUCACAGGGAUGUGUUCUGUUUUCUUGUUGCUAAAAUGGACAAUAAUGCAGGAACUGGUAAAUCCAUGAACCAUGAAUCUGAACCAGGAUACUGUCACCCUUAGUAAGGCUCUAUCUGAAUGUUUAAGUAACUUUAACCUCAAAUAUGUGCUUGUAUAGAAUUUAAUAUACCCUUUACAAGUCCCACUAAUCUCCGUUACUUGACAUGCCAGCUUUUACAAAUACUGACUAAAAAAAAAAAAUAGAACUUCAUGAAGGCUGAAUUUUAAAACAAUCAUAAACGUAAUUUUCAAAACUGUAUAUACUUAAAGAUUGAGGAGUACUGUGUCAUAAUGAGGAAGACAAUAUACUUCCUUGCUAAAAGGGUCUCUUAACUAUUAAGUAACAUGUCUUAAAGUAUAAUUGACAGCGUAUGAGGUCUGCAUACGGUUGCCAAAAAUGCAAGUCUGCCUUGUGGCUAUGCAGUGAUGAUGGUUUGUUUGGUUUGGGUUUUGUUUGUUUUGUUUUGUUUUAAAUGAGAGCUUAUUUAGUCUAGUCUAUCAGUUGCCUAUACGGUUGUUCUAGGACUUGUAAGUUUUCCUUUUUGUUUUUAAAUAAAUGGGUUAAUGUAAAUGCUACAUCCACUGAGAGUAAAGUUAAUUUAGGUUUAGUGAGUUUAAAGCCACAAAAUAACUUUUACGUGGUUUUAGUUGUUUGACACCCAAACAUGUGCAUGCUUUUUAGGAGCAGCUCUUUAAUAUUGGAAAAUCAAAACAGUUAUCUUCAUAUAUCUUACUGUGCCAUAAGUGGAUGGGGAGAAUGAAUGCAUGUAGUAACUUUCAGGAAAAGUAAUAAUAGUAUUGGAGAUAGUGCUCAUAUUGAUGUAUGUUUUAGAACUGUGUCAACAAUAUGGUGAAUUUCUCUGGAUAUAUAUAAACAGUAUGUUUGUUUUAUAUAUAUAUAUACACACACACAGUGUAUGUUUGUCUUAACAAGUAUGAAAAGUGACUAGUUCUUAAGCUACUCAUUUACUACACUGAAAGGUGAAAGUACCAUAAACAGUUGAGUUUUGGUUAUUUGAAAAACCCACAACAAAGCACCCACAAAACCCCCAAACCAACACUAGAGUCCAUAAUGCAUAAGCAAGGGUCACAUAGUUGGUGAUCUCUUAUGCAGUGGUUUGUAAGGGGACAAUACUAACAUGGGCUGUAGAGACUCGAAAUUAGAUUUAUGCUAAAUGAAAACUUACAGGUAAAAGGUGCACAUCAUAAAAAUGGUGUAGACCUUUUAAUUUGAUUAUUGCAAUUUCAGAGUAGGUAGUAUGUGCAAAAAGUAGUGUAAGUCAGCCUCAGAAAGUUAAGUGAAGCAUUUCCAGCUUGGUACAAACUGACUUAAUGGCCACAAUGUACUUAAAUUUCCAUGGAAAAGAAUCCCUUUGGAAUUUUGCAAGAGAGUUUUGUAUUUGGAGGCUUGUGACCUAGUGUGGGCUAUUUCUUGCUGUAUUGUGUUCCUUUUAUAAACCUGGAUUGUAUUAACUUGACUGUCUUCCACUCUUCGUAGUGUAUUACUUUUGUAACUUAAUUUAGCUCCUAUUCCACAGAGGAAUUGUUCAUCUUAGGGGAUCUCUGCCAGCUGUAUUGAGCACACAUAGAUUAUGAUAUUCUCCAGGCUUUUAUGUUUGUAACAUUCCCAUUUUUUAGCAAAAUUGCAGGUAUAAUCCUAUAUUUUUCAAUCAGUUGUAGCCUAAUGGCUCUUGCAUCCAAAUCCAGGGAGCAUGCUUGCGCUUAAGAAAAAAAGGAGAACAUAUUCUGCAAGAUGUAAAGACAUUUAAUUUGCUGUUCUUACCUUUCUGAUUUCAGAAAGGCAAUUUGAACAUUCCUCUUGAGACUGUAUAGCAGAUGUUAAUUUAUAUUUGCCUUUGCUAUCCACACACAGCUACAAAUACUAUUUUUUAAACUCUAGGAAACCAUGUGUUCUGAGGAUGUGCAGGAUUGCAUUCUCAGUUCUAACAUGCAGAGAAGUAUGCAGUUAAACUGCAAAGAUGUUGAUUCCAAAAGAAAUAUGUCAGUGCUAACUGGCAUAUGUGUGACUAAACUGAAAAAUUAUUUUGCAAUUUGGACAUGCAGAAGAAUUUUCAAGUACAGCCCAGUGUAACAAUGUUUACAUAAAGUAAAGCUAUCAUUUCAGUACCAUUUUGUCUUAAAAAUGAAGUUCAUAUACUUUGAAACACAAAGCUUAUCUCUUUGUUCUAAUUUAAUCUUUCAAAUUCUGUGAAGUAAAUCCAUGUUUUAAAUCAGCAUUGCCUGUCAGUAUUUUUUAAAGGAAACUUGUUUUUUUGUGCUGUUUCCCUUCAUGCUAAAUAUUCAAGUCUACGAUUGUAAUAUACAAUUUUGUGAGCGUUGAAGUGGGUUAAAACAUAGGAUAACUGUCCUCUCCUAUUUUGGUAGUUCAUUUUGUCUGCCUAUAAAUAAGCAAGAGGAAGGCUCAAAAUUGAUAGAAAAAUCUGAUCUCACAUGCAAAAGAGUAUGGGUCAGUCUGUGAAGUAGGUAGUAUAAACUUUAUUGUUAAUUAGAUGGAAACAAGUUGGGUGCAAUUUGACAGGCUUGCAAUUCUGUACCUCCUUGUUAAAGAGUCAUUGUUUAAAAGCAUUUUGCUGCUUCUCUGUUGCUGACAGGCACUUCUAAGGAAAGGCAGCAGAGCAUUGUUAGGCCCUGGGAUUUAAUGCUAAGUAUGUUCAGAGUUGUCCUUCCUUAUGUUCAUGAACCAGUCUUUUUGUUGUGCUUGAUGCACUUUGUGCAAAGUCAUCUUCUGUGGUCUGUGGGAGCACACACACAAUCUGAAUUCUGAGUAGUGAAUGAAUUUUUGCUGCGUGUCAACAAGAGAAUGUGUCUUAACAAUAUUAGUCUAGUACAAAAAAUGCACAAAUUAAUAAAGUAGAAAAGUCUUAACUGAAUAACUGGAUAUCCAAAAAGAAGUUUAGAUAUUUUUGGUAGCUUAGGAAGUCUAGUAACAUUUGAGACUUGAUAAUAGUCUAGAGCUCUUCCUUAUUAUUAUUAGUUAGGGAUAGGUAUGCACAUACCUGGAAGAGGUAUACACAUGGGCUUUCACCCCUCUUUUUUUUUUUUCUUUCUUUUUUUUUUUCCCAUUGUACCACAGCUUCUUAUAAUAGAUUUCAUAAACUUUUGCCUUUAGUUUUUCCGUUCUGGAAGAUCCCUUAAACUAGUGGGUUUAUGACACUACACCUGCAUACAGGAAUUAGACUUUCAUAGAUGUGUUUAUUUAGUAAAUUCUGACUGCACUGGCAGAAGCUUAUGGAAGAAUCUGUAAGUAAGGUUCCUCCAACUAUCCUUGGAUAACAAUAUAGAAAGCUUCUAUAUAUGCCAGUUGUCUUCAUGUCCUCUAGUAAACAAGGUAAAACUUAUUCAAAGUGUUGGUACAGAAGUGUAGAUAGUCCUGUAUUUAAAUGUCCAAGACAGCAAGAAUUGGGUCCUGAAAGUAUACUGCUUGUGAUGAAGCAAAUAAUAGGCUUAAAUACUCUCGACUUCAGUGAGGGUUACCAUUUCAGAUGAAGUAUUUUCUUGUAUAAGGCCAAAUGCAUGCUGUGCAUGGUAAACUGCUGCAGUAAUUGGAAUAGGUAAUGUCACUUUCUUUUUGGAUUUCCCUGAUUUCUCCCCCCCCUCCCCAGUCUAGUAUAGAAUAAAAUAUUUUGUAGAAUUUCAAAGAAAUUACUACUUAAUUGGGUUCUAAGAAAAUUAAAUCUGUGGAAAAAAAGUUUUAAGAAGCAAGAGUCAGAUAAAUUAUUGGGGAAAAAAAGAGGGUUUUUUUUAAUGGAAGCAUAUUAAAUAAGGUUAUUUAGAAGUACUGAAGCCCUUCAAUGAGGAUAAAAGCACAGGUAACUAUAAUCUCAUUUUCUGUAUGGCUGUGUCUCAUUAACUGCCAAAAAGAGUAUUGAAGAGAAAGAGGGAAGGGUUGAAUUCAGACACCAGUACAAGUCUUUUGCAACAGUUAAUACUUCCUUGUUUUUUUUAAGAAGUGCUUGCAUACUUUAGUGCUAAACUUGUUCAUUGCUAUUUAGCUAGUUUUUUGAUCUAUGAAAGUCCACUAGGUUUUCAGGCACCAAAAUUAUUGUGGAGCUGAAUCUUGAAAAUUAAAUAUGCAUUUGAAGAGAUAGCAUGUCUUAAGAAAAAAAGUGGGUUUUGUGGACCUGGAGUAUAACAAAAGUAACCUAUGACAACUUUGAUAGAUUUUCAUCCUGCCGAUGUAGUUUCUACUGAAGAGCGUAGGAGAAUUUUCAGUAAUUGAUAAACAAUAUUGAUCUGUAUGGGUUUUUUGAGUAAUCUUGGAUUGUUUUGUAGAAAUUUGACCUGUAACUACAGGAAACAUUAUAGUCUAGGCAAGAUGGAAGUACAUUUGGCAGACUUCCUAGCAGUGAGCCAGCUUACCUUCUGAGUUCUUUUGUACAUGUAGACUUUUAUCCAUCAAGGGUGAAUUGACAGAGCACUGGUGAUUCAUACAGAUUACUGUUUCUGGGGUAUCUUUGACACUGUCACUGUUACAAUUGAAACAGUAAUUCUGGGGGAAAAAAAAGUCCUUUGGAGUGAACCUAAUGAUGUCUUCUUAGUUCUAUGAAGACAAACACCAAGAAGCCCCUCACAACCCCUCGAACACUGUUGUGAACACUAAACUUUCCAUAUAGCACUAUCCUGCAUACUUACCAUUUGUAUCUUAAGAAAUUUGCAGUGAGCAUUAUGUACAUAAUUAAUUGACAUGCACAUUUUUUAAGCCAGUUUGUAAUACGUGUGUAAGAACCUAAGAUUGUAGAUGUGGAGCACAAUAACCUGAUGUAUUAGCCCAGUGACUGCAUAGGUAGAAAGACUAACUGUAACUUAGUAUUGCUCUUUCAGUUCAGUUUUGUCAAAUACGAGAAAAUUGUCAAAUGUGAGAAACCACAAACUACAUUUUACAUGGUACUUAAUAUAAUAAUGACAUAGAAACAUGGCUUUUCACACCAAACAGUUACUCCAGUUUUGUUCUGACAAAAUAGUAUUACCUAAUGGCUAAAAGAUAUGCCAGUGAAGUUUAAAAGUGAGUACUGUAAAUUAAGUAAAUACUGUUUUGAUUCUAAACUCAGAUUGUAUUAAUAUAUUGUUUUAUAUCUUUGUUGUAUUAAAGCAUAUUUAAAAGUACUAAAAUAAAAAUUUGAAAGAUGACAAA